AUGGCGAACAUGUUAGCUUGGUUCUCCUUUCCGGCCGAGAUACGCCUCAUGAUCCUGGAAUUUCUCGCGCGGGAAAAACAUGGGUUGGCCUCAUAUGCUUCAGUCUGCAGAGAAUGGGUCGAGGUCAUCGAGAAGAAGAACUUUGGCAGACUGAAACUCGGGGAACCUUGCCUAGACGACCUGGAACACAUGGUCAGUCGACGAAGGGGGCUUGUUAAGCACAUCUGGCUCAACAUCGAGCUCCGGCGAUACACGUGUCGAUGCUGUGACAUGGAAGAGUCUCGACCGUGGACUUCAAGCAACAACGCCAUCAUCACUCGAGCGAUAUCGAAACUCUUUGGCAUCUUGGCUACCUGGAAAGCAUCGAGCGGCAGUGGCUUGACCCUGGAGCUUAGCGCACAAUCCCCAAGUGACAACCAACAUUGGUUCAAGCAUUUUUAUUUCGGAAGCGAGUCAACCAACGACGACGAGGAUGGGUAUGCCGCAUCCAUUCUCGAUUCCCAAAAUGAUGGACUGCAUGAACACACUAAUUAUCCAUACCAUGACUUGAUCGACGGCCGACAGGUCGUUAAUCCUAGCGGUUUUGCCGUGCUGCGACUCUUUGAGCGGGUUGGGUUGAAUUUCAAGGUAGAACUACCCACAGUCCCCGUCGUGACAAAGCUCGUAUUACGUCGGCAAUGCCGUCGUCGGUUCGAUGGCAAGGCUCUGGGGGUGCGUCUAGAGAAGCUCCCUCGGCUAGAAUGUCUUGUCUAUGAGCCGUGGCGAGGGUGGCCCGGCGUUAAACAGCGGCGCUAUGACGAAGGAUAUCGAGCCAUGAUCGAAGAGCAUCUGCCGAAAGGACUCAACAGACUGUCAGUCUUUGAAGACUACAGCGACGACUUGAUCCGACUCUUCAGAGACCGGGAACUGCAUGGCAGGGUAGAGCGUGUCCGAACUCCGGAGCCUAAAGUUGGCAAGGCUUUUGCGUAUCGAAGCCUCAGCCUCGAGCAUCUUUCCGUUUCAUUCAUGGCCGAUGCCCAGCAUUUCUUUGAGGCGCGCAAGCCGCGAUGGAAAUGGAACCGCUUGCGAUCCUUGAUGCUCACGUCGCGGCUACUCACGCCGACGGCAGACCCCCGGAGGGUUUGCGAUCUUUUGGAGAAUGCCGGAGUAGCUGCACUUUACAUGCCAGAACUGCGCAACAUGACGCUAUGGAAUGGAGAGAGGGGACUGGCUUGCGCAUUUCUGUACCGCCGGGAUAUGGACAGGCCCCCAUCGAUCGUCUGGCGGGGGACUUGGGUCGUCGACAUGGAGCCUCGCGUCAUCCAGGCUUGGGAAAGGGCCGCCGCCGAGCAUGCAGGUGCUCGAUGCACUCUCCGGGUGGAAACCCAAGCUCUGUGUUGCGAUUGUGGUACGAUCGGCUCGCAUGGCGACGCUAUCCAUCACUUGGACUUGCCCCGCGAAGUGGUUGAUCCUACUUGA